CCCAGCAGAGAGGCGAGGCGGAGAGGCUGAGGGAAAGGGAGAUCCAUCCAGACCAACUGCGGAGGUGUUUGUAGGUGUGGCCCCGCACCUGGGAGAGGCACCGCAGCCAGCGGACCCUAGGCUCAGGGCCCCCGGUUCCUGCGCGCCCCUAUGGGAGCCCGGACGCCCGCGCUUUGCUUGCUACUCGCUAGCAUCUGGCUGCCUCGAGUCACAGCUCCCACAGCGCCAGCCAGAGCACAGCCAUUGUCCCAGCCAGCCCUGGAACCCAGCUACAGCUCCCCGGAGAUGACCCUGGCCAUAGGGGAUGACACCGCAGUGAUGGGAGGCCAGAAGGAAGCUGAACCCCUGGAAGCCUUGGCCAUGUCCUCCUGGGAAAGGCGGCUCCAUCGGGCCAAGUGUGCGCCUGCUUACUUGUUCUCCUGUUUCAAUGGGGGUGAGUGUGUGCACCCCACCUUCUGUGACUGCAGACGCUACAAUGCCACUGGACCACGCUGCCAGAUGGUGUACAAUGCUGGCCCCGAGCGGGACAGUAUCUGCCGGGCCUGGGGACAGCACCACGUGGAAACCUUCGAUGGCCUGUACUACUACCACUCUGGGAAGGGCAGCUACACAUUGGUGGGGCGCCAUGAACCUGAGGGACAGAGCUUCUCCAUCCAGGUGCACAACGACCCCCAGUGUGGCUCUGCGCCCUAUGCCUGCUCCAGGUCUGUCAGUGUAUUCAUCACCGGUGAGCAGGAGAUCCGUCUGGCCAAGGAGGUCACCCACGGAGGCGUGAGGGUCCAGCUGCCACAUGUGAUGGCGAGUGUACAUCUGCAGCAGCUAGCUGGCUACGUCAUCCUGCGGCAUCAGUCUGCUUUCACGCUGGCUUGGGACGGUGUCUCGGCUGUCUACAUCAAGAUGAGCCCGGAGCUCCUGGGCUGGACCCAUGGGCUAUGUGGGAAUAAUAAUGCUGACCCCCAAGAUGACCUGGUGACCAGACAUGGGAAGCUGACAGAUGAUGUGACUGAGUUCAUGCACAGCUGGCAAGAGCAGGCUCUCAAUCACCCUCCAGGCACCAUGGCUGCCUCCCCGCCUCGCCCACCAUGCCUGCAACAGAGCUCCGGGAGCAUGCAGGGUGUGUACGAGCGCUGUGAGAUCCUGCUGCGGUCCCCCUUUGAUGCCUGCCAUGCCUACGUCAGUCCUCUGCCCUUCACCGCCAGCUGUACCAGCGAUCUCUGCCAAUCAGGGGGUGAUGAAACCACCUGGUGCCGGGCCCUGGCAGAGUAUGCCCGGGCAUGUGCCCAGGCCGGGCGGCCCCUACAGGGCUGGAGGACCCAGCUUCGACAAUGCACUGUGCACUGUGAAGAGGAGGCCUUUACCUACAAUGAGUGCAUUGCCUGCUGCCCUGCUUCCUGCCAGUCCCGGGCCUCCUGUGUAGACAGCGAGAUCGCCUGUGUGGACGGCUGUUAUUGCUCCAACGGGCUGAUCUUUGAGGACGGGCACUGUGUGGCAGCAGCUGAAUGUCCCUGUGAGUUCCAUGGGACCCUGCACCCACCUGGCUCUGUGGUGAAGGAAGACUGCAAUACCUGCACCUGUACUGCAGGCAAGUGGGUGUGCAGCACGGCUGUCUGCCCAGCCGAGUGCUCAGUGACUGGUGACAUCCACUUCACGACCUUCGACGGCCGCCGGUACACUUUCCCUGCCACGUGUCAGUACAUCCUGGCCAAGAGCCGCUCCUCGGGCACCUUCACAGUGACACUGCAGAAUGCCCUGUGUGGUCUGAACCAAGAUGGAGCCUGUGUCCAGUCAGUAUCUGUGAUUCUGCACCAGGACCCUCGGAGGCAGGUCACCUUGACCCAGGCAGGGGACAUCCUCCUGUUUGACCAAUACAAGAUCACCCCACCCUACACAGAUGAUGCCUUUGAGAUUCAGAGGCUGUCCUCUGUGUUCCUGCGGGUAAAGACCAACGUGGGUGUACGGGUGCUCUACGACAGAGAAGGGUUGAGGCUCUACCUACAGGUGGACCAGCGAUGGGUAGAGGACACCGUGGGCCUCUGUGGCACCUUCAAUGGCAACACGCAGGAUGACUUCCUGUCCCCAGUGGGUGUACCCGAGAGCACCCCACAACUCUUUGGCAAUUCUUGGAAAACACUGUCUGCCUGCUCCCCACUGGUCCCAGGCUCCCCACUGGACCCCUGUGAUGUGCACCUGCAAGCUGCCUCCUAUGCAGUGCAGGCCUGUAGUGUGCUCACGGGGGAGCUCUUUGCACCUUGUUCCGCUUACUUGAGUCCUGUGCCUUACUUUGAGCAAUGCCGCCGGGACACCUGUCGCUGCGGGCAGCCCUGCCUGUGUGCCACGUUGGCCCACUAUGCCCACCUGUGCCGGCGCCAUGGACUCCCAGUUGACUUCCGCGCUCGCCUGCCAGCCUGCACACUGUCCUGUGAGGCCACCAAAGAGUACAGCCCCUGUGUGGCCCUGUGUGGGCAAACCUGCCGGGACCUGGCCAGCCCUGAGGCCUGUGAGGUUGAUGGCGGUGGUGACUUCAGCAGGGAUGAGUGUGUGGAGGGCUGUGCCUGCCCCCCAGGCACCUAUCUGGACACCCAACCUGACCUCUGUGUCCCCAGGAACCAGUGCUCCUGUCACUUUCAAGGAAUGGACUAUCCCCCUGGGGACAGUGACAUCCCAUCGCUGGGCCACUGCCACUGCAAAGAUGGAGUCAUGAGCUGUGACAGCAGAGCUCCAGGGGCAGCCUGCCCUGUGGGCCAGGUAUUCGUGAACUGCAGUGACCUGCAUACAGAUCCCGAGCUGAGCAGGGAGAGGACGUGUGAGCAGCAGCUGCUGAACCUGAGUGUGACAGCCCGAAGCCCCUGCCUGUCAGGGUGUGCCUGUCCCCAAGGCCUGCUCAGACACGGGGAUGCGUGUUUCCUGCCAGAGGAGUGCCCGUGUGCUUGGAAGGGGAAGGAGUACUUCCCUGGGGACCAGGUGACAUCUCCCUGCCAUACCUGCAUCUGCCAGCAGGGCUUGUUCCAGUGCAUCCUGCACCCCUGCGCCUCUACGUGCACUGCCUAUGGUGACCGGCAUUACCGCACCUUUGAUGGGCUCCCAUUCGACUUCGUGGGGGCCUGCAAAGUACACCUGGUCAAGAGCACAUCAGAUUUCAGCUUCUCUGUGAUCAUAGAGAAUGUAAACUGCUACAGCUCUGGCAUCAUCUGCAGGAAAUUUAUUUCCAUCAAUGUUGGGAACUCGCUCAUCAUCUUCAACGAUGACUCAGGAAAUCCCAGUCCUGAGAGCUUCCUGGAUGAGAAGCAGGAGGUCCACACAUGGAAAGCAGGGUUCUUUACACUGGCGCGUUUCCCCCGGGAACACAUUACCCUCCUGUGGGACCAGAGGACCACAGUGCAUGUGCAGGCAGGACCUCAGUGGCAGGGCCAGCUGGCAGGCCUCUGUGGGAACUUUGACUUAAAAACCAUCAAUGAAAUGCGGACCCCGGAGAACCUAGAGUUAACCAACCCCCAGGAGUUUGGCAGCAGUUGGGCUGCAGUUGAGUGCCCAGAAGCCCUCGAGCCCCAGGACACGUGUGUCCUUAAUCCUCUCCGGGAACCCUUCGCCAAGGAGGUGUGCAGCAUCCUGCUCAGCGAGGUGUUUGAGACCUGUCACCCUGUGGUUGAUGUCACUUGGUUUUACUCAAACUGCCUGACGGACACCUGUGGGUGCAGUCGGGGUGGUGACUGCGAGUGCUUCUGUGCCAGCGUGUCUGCCUACGCCCACCAGUGCUGCCAGCACGGGGUGGCCAUUGACUGGCGGACCCCCCGCCUCUGCCCAUAUGACUGUGAUUUCUUUAACAAAGCACUAGGUAAGGGCCCCUACCAGCUGUCCAGUGUGGCAGCCGGCGGUGCCCUGGUGGUCAAGAAGGCGGUGGGCAACGGCGUAGCCCUAGUCAAGGCAGAGGAGGUGGCGCCAGGGGACAUCUCGAGCUUCCUGCUCACAGCUGCUCUGUACAAGGCCGCAGCCCAUGACCCAGACGUGGUUUCCCUGGAGGCCUCGGACAGACCCAACUUCUUCCUGCACGUCACGGCCAACGGGUCGGUGGAGCUGGCUAAGUGGCAGGACGGCGAAGCCUUCCGGCACCGUGCCUCCUUCUCGCUGCACCGGGGAACAUGGAGGGAGGGCCUGGUGGCCCUGGAGUCCCUGGCAAAGCCUGGCUGCUUCCUGUACGUGUCGGGAUCUGUGCUGGCCUUGCGGCUCUAUGAGCACACGGAGGCAUUUCGCAAGGGCACGCUCUUCCGCCUCCUGGAUGCCAAGUCGUUGGGGGCCACCUACCCCAUCUGUGAAUGGCGCUAUGAUGCCUGUGCCAGCCCCUGCUUCCAAACCUGCCGGGACCCAGGCGCAGCCAGAUGCCAAGAUGUGCCCAGGGUAGAAGGCUGUGUCCCUGUGUGCCCCAUCCCCAGGGUCCUGGAUGAAGUCACGCAGAGAUGUGUCUACUUGGAGGACUGUGUGGAGCCAGUUGUGUGGGUUCCCCCAGAGGCCCUUGGCAAUGAGACCCUGCCUCCUGGACAAGUGCUACCCACUCCUAGUGACAAGCAACCACAGCUGUCGCAGGAAACUCCCACAGCCUCCACGGGCAGGCCAACCCCCCUCACUGUGGCCCUGAACCCACUGAUGGCAGCCACUGAGGGGCCAGUGGUGUCCCCAGGUCUCACCCAGUCUCAGCAGCCUCUGGGGCUCACCGCCUCCAACAUCUCUGUCCACCCCACAGAAGCCUCAGCCAGCAAGGGAGUGACCGCUGGUCUCCCAGCCACCCCCCAGCUCCUGGAUUCCUCACCCCUGCCCCUCUCUCUGCGGACACCCAUAUCUGGCUUGGCAUCAGGUGCCAUGGAGACAACCAGGGUGACUGUGACCUCUGCAGGGAGCCCCAACAUCACAGUCUCCUCCCGGUCACCCCCUGUCCCACGCUUCCCACUCAUGACUAAGGCUGUGACGGUCCCAGGUCGUGGCUCCCUUCCUGUCAGGACAACAGCCCUGCAGCCAUCCUUGCCAUCCAGUCCCUCCUCCAAGCCUGUGGCUCCCCCUGGGGUGACCUCCAGGCCCCCUACCUCCUCGGGUUUCCACAAGGCUUUCCUGACACCUAUAGUAACUGAGGCCAUGAACAAGACAGGGAUCCCCCAGGCCCCCGAGGCCCAGAGCAGCAGUAGCCCAGCUGUGGUCAGCACAGGAGCAGGACAGGGUCCGGUCAGUCCCUUUGCCACCAAAGGCAUGGAGGAGGUGCCAUCCACAGGGAAGGGUGAGCCUGGGCGUGGCCAGCCCACACACCUGCCAGCAGCCCUGCAUCUGAGCCCAGUCCUCACGGCACUGCCCCACCCAGCCCAGCCCAGCACCGUGGCUACCAGGCCUCCAGCCCCAGCCCCUGAGACCCCAGCUGCUGCCAGCCUGUCCACAGUUGUGUGGGGGCUGGGAGCCACAGCCCUCUUGUCUCCGGAGUCAACACAGCCACCUCAUCUCCUCUCUGGCCUGCCCCCUGACACUAGCCUGCCUCUAGCCAAAGUGGGCACAUCUGCCCCAGUGGCCACACCUGGCCCCAAGGGCUCUGUCACCAUCCCUCCACAUCAUCCUCGGGCCACGUCUCUGGCGGUGGCCUUGACUCCUCCUGGUCAGAUGCUCAGCCCUGCACUGCCAGUCACCCUGGCUGUGGGGGCUCAGGAGCACCCAUUCAGUCACAAAGCCCCUCAGACAACAAGCAUGGCUCCAGGGCUGCUUCCUGGAGCCACAUUGCCAGCCUCUGGAGUUGUGACUAUGGCGGCAGGAGUGGCCCGUACAGUGUCAGUUGUCCCACAAGAGAGCACCACACAGAAAAUGACCAUCAUGUCUGAGCACGUGUCCCUGCCCACUUCCGUCUAUGGCUCCGGCAAGGGGGUGCCCACCGGGUUUACAGCAGCCAUGGCCCAUACUCUUGCUCCCUUGGUGACUGAGGCUGAGGUCCCAUGGGCUGGUGCAGGGUCGCCAGUGCCCACAUCCCAUGCCCUAAGCUGGGUCUCAGCCAGGACAGCCUCCCGGGAGAGCUCACUGGUUCUGCUGCCUCAACUGGUGGAGGCCCAUGGAACCGCAGCAGGACCCCAGCCUCCACUGGUGUCCAUGGGUGAGGCCACCACGGAACAGUCUGGGCGCUCAGCCCCAGCACAUGGCAUCGCAGCGGGUUUAGCUGAGACCUCAGCAACCACCCUUGAGGCCAACACUACCACCUGUGUUCCCAUCUCUGAACAGGACUGUGUCCGCCACAUCUGCAUAGAAGGCCAGCUGAUCCGUGUGAACCAAUCAGAGCACUGUCCCCAGAGUGCCAGACGCCCUCGCUGUGGGGUCCUGGGCCUCGCAGUACGGGUGGGCGGGGACCACUGCUGUCCCCUCUGGGAGUGUGCCUGCCGAUGCUCAAUCUUCCCUGACCUCAGCUUCGUGACCUUCGAUGGGAGCCAUGCAGCCCUGUUCAAGGAGGCCAUCUACAUCCUCAGCCAGAGCCCAGAUGAGAUGAUCACCGUGCACGUCCUCGACUGCAAAAGUGCCAACCUGGGACACCUGAACUGGCCCCCGUUCUGUCCUGUGAUACUGAACGUGACUCACCUGGCCCACCAAGUCACCACUGACCGCUUCAACAGGAAGGUGAUUGUGGACACACAGCCUGUGCGGCCACCUGUGAGCAGGUACGGUUUCCAAAUCGAGGACACAGGCCACAUGUAUGUGAUCCGGACACCCUCAAACAUCCAGAUCCAGUGGCUACACAGCUCAGGACUCAUGAUCCUGGAGGCCAGCAAAGCCAGCAAGACCCAGGGCCGUGGCCUAUGCGGUAUCUGUGAUGGAGAUGUUGCCAAUGACCUCACCCUGAAGGACGGCUCUGUGGUGGGUGUGGCUGAAGACCCUGCCCCCUUUCUGGACAGCUGGCAGGUGCCCAGCUCCUUGACCUCAGUAGGCCAGACUCGUUUCCGCCCAGACAGCUGUGCCACGGCUGACUGCUCGCCCUGCCUUCGCAUGGUGUCCAAUCGCACCUUCAGUGCCUGCCACCGUUUUGUCUCCCCGGAGUCAUUCUGCGAGCUGUGGAUCCGGGACACCAAGUAUGUGCAGCAGCCCUGCGUGGCACUGACUGUGUACGUGGCCAUGUGCCACAAAUUCCAUGUGUGCAUCGAGUGGCGCCGCUCUGAUUACUGCCCUUUCCUGUGCUCAAGUGAAUCCACAUAUCAGGCAUGUGUGGCAGCCUGCGAGCCCCCCGACACAUGCCAGGAUGGGUUGCUGGGGCCUUUGGACCCAGAGCAGUGCCAGGUGCUGGGCGAAGGCUGUGUCUGUGCCGAGGGCACUAUCCUGCACCGGCGUCACUCUGCACUCUGCAUCCCUGAAGACAAGUGUGCCUGCACCGACAGCACAGGGGUGCCGAGGGCUCUGGGUGAGACCUGGAACAGCUCUCUCAGUGGCUGCUGCCAGCAGCAGUGCCAAGCACAAGACACCAUUGUCCCAGUGGACCUGGACUGCCCAGGGCCCCGGACUGAGAGUUGUCCACGCUUCGGGGAGGUGAUCCUGCUCCUGCCCACUGAGGACCCCUGCUGCCUGGGGACUGUCUGUGUGUGUAACCAGACUUUGUGUGAGGGCCUCGCCCCUACCUGCCGCCCAGGCCACCGAUUGCUCACACACUUCCAGGAGGACUCCUGCUGCCCCAGCUACAGCUGCGAGUGUGACCCCGACCUGUGUGAGACAGAGCAGGUCCCCAGUUGCCGCCAGGACCAGACUCUGAUUGCGGGCCGCCUGGGGGACUCGUGCUGCACCUCCUAUUUCUGCACCUGUGGUGACUGUCUGGAUCCCAUCCCCGAGUGUCAGGAAGGAGAGGCGCUCACUGUGCACAGGAACACCACGGAGCUCUGCUGCCCGCUGUACCAGUGUGUGUGUGAGAGCUUUCGCUGCCCCCAAGUGCAGUGUGGCAUGGGCACUGCUCUGGUGGAGGUGUGGAGCCCAGACCGCUGUUGCCCCUACAAGUCCUGUGAAUGUGACUGCGACACCAUCCCGGUGCCCCGGUGCCAUCUGUGGGAGAAGUCCCAGCUGGAUGAGGACUUCAUGAACAGCGAGGAGAACAUGUGUGGCUGCGCCAAGUACCAGUGCGUGAAAGCCCCCGUGUGUCUGAGCCGUGAGCUGGGGGUGCUGCAGCCAGGCCAGACGGUGGUGGAGCUCUCGGCAGAUGGCGUGUGCCACACCUCCCGCUGCACAGACGUGCUGGACCCCCUCACCAGUUUCUACCAGAUCAACACCACCUCGGUGUUGUGUGAUGUCCACUGCGAAGCGAACCAGGAGUACGAGCAUCCCCGGGACCUGGCAGCCUGCUGCGGCUCCUGCAGGAAUGUGUCCUGCCUCUUCACCUUCCCCAAUGGCACCACAUCCCUGUUCUUGCCUGGGGCAUCCUGGAUCGCAGACUGUGCCCGCCAUCACUGUGGCAGCACACCCCUGGGUGCUGUGCUUGUCCGCUCGCCCAUCAGCUGCCCACCGCUCAAUGAGACUGAGUGUGCCAAGGUUGGGGGCUCUGUGGUCCCUUCCUUGGAAGGAUGCUGCAGGACAUGUAAGGAGGAUGGACGCUCGUGCAAGAAGGUGACCAUCCGCAUGACCAUCCGCAAGAAUGACUGCAGGAGCAACACACCUGUGAAUCUAGUGUCCUGUGACGGCAGGUGCCCUUCCGCCAGCAUCUACAACCACAACGUCAACGCCUAUGCCCGCUUCUGCAAGUGCUGCCGUGAGGUGGGGCUGCAGCGGCGCUCUGUGCAGCUCUUCUGUGCCACCAAUGCCACCUGGGUGCCCUAUACAGUGCAGGAGCCCACUGACUGCGCCUGCCAGUGGUCCUGAGGCUGGGGCCUGGACUUGCUGGGCCACCGCUGCCACCUCACAUUCUAGGAAGCCCAGUGUGAAUGGGAGAAAGCUGGUCCAAGCUGAGCAUGGGAUAGUGGGUAGAGGCCCAAGAAGGGCCAGCACUGGCCAUACUUACCCAUCCUGGCUCCCUCUGCUUGCCUCUCCACCUCCAGGCAUGGGACAGUGCUCAGCUCUGUCCCUGGCUUGAAGUCUGGCAUGGGCUGCACAUCUGUGACUGUGGCCAUGGCUCUUGGUGAGAGGAGUGAGAACUUCCUAGAAACUGGGUCCAAAGUUGACCCCGAAUCCAAGCACGGGAUCAGGAUGUGGUGGCCUUUUUCUUUUUUAGCCUUUUCAACCACAGGAGAAACAUGGACAUGGAGAAAGGAAAAGGGGAUUUAACUGCAGCAUCAGCUAUGCAGAGGCACCCAAGAAGACUUCCCCAAAACAAAGAAGGUGGACUUACGGACCAAGGUCCUCCUGCAGAGAUGUUUGAGAGCAGGGGCAAAG